AUGGGUGAACAUAGUCCUAGAACCGGAGCAAACAACGCGCUCUUGGUAAGAGCUCAAAUGUUCGAAGGUGGGAAAGUGGUAGAUGUGGUCGGUCCGCUCUAUCACGAUUUUUUCAAGAUGGAUAGGUAUCUAUUGAACCAAGUCAACGUCAACGUCAAACUCUAUCGUUCUAAACCAAGUUUUUGUCUCCUAUCCGGUACCGCAUCCGCCGAUUAUAAGGUAUCCUUUGAAGACAUUCGACUACGCGUAAGCAAAGUCAGGGUCAACCCGGCCGUCAUCUAUGCACAAAGUCAAGCUCUCGACGUGACCAAUGCCAAAUAUCCAUUUACACAGACCAUGGUCAAGCAGAUGACCAUCCCUACCGGGACAACAAACUUCACUUACGACAACAUAUUCCAAGGUGUGAGACCAAACCUCGUCGUAGUUGGAUUCGUAAACGCCAGCAGUACCACCGGUGACUACGAACAGAACCCCUGGUUUUUCCAACCCUAUGACGUCACAUCCAUAGGAGUCUACGUAGAUGGAGUACCAGUCGGCGGAAACCCCAUAAAACUCAAAUAUGGUACAACCGGCGGUCAAACCACCAUUCCAGUCCUUAGAACCAUGUUACAAUCGACGGGGAAAUGGCUUAACGAUACCGGUUCUGACAUAGAGAGGGACGAUAUUGCAAAAGGAUAUGCACUCUACACCUUCGAAUUGGAACCUACCUUUCAAACUAAUCAAUAUCUCACCUUACUCAAACAAGGGAACGUCAGACUAGAAGUCAUCUCUGGAACGGCAUUGACGACAGCGGUAUCCUGCAUCAUUUACUGCGAAUAUCCGGGUUACUUUGAAAUCAAUGCUGCGAGAGAUAUAGUAUUACCAUGA